GUCUCGGGGCUCGUCCGCCUCGCCACCCGCCUCUGCUCGUCCAUCCUCGGCCGACUUCCAUCCUCUCGCCCACUCGAAGCCAGCGGGCACCGGCGGACCUACGAGCAGCCCAAGAGCGGUGCCAGAAGCGCGGCCUCUGCUGCUCCUCGAGCCCUAUCGGCGGGAACUGCUAGCUGCCGCCAUCAUGUCUGCUGCAAAUCCUGAGGCUCCAAACUCAACCAUCUCCAGAGAGGCCAGCACCCAGUCCUCAUCAGCUACCACCAGCCAAGGCUAUGUUUUACCAGAAGGCAAAAUCAUGCCAAACACGGUUUUUGUUGGUGGAAUUGAUGUUAGGAUGGAUGAAACUGAAAUUAGAAGUUUCUUUGCUAAAUAUGGUUCAGUAAAAGAAGUGAAGAUAAUCACAGAUCGAACUGGUGUGUCCAAAGGCUAUGGAUUUGUUUCAUUUUAUAAUGACGUGGAUGUGCAGAAGAUAGUAGAAUCACAAAUAAAUUUCCAUGGUAAAAAGCUGAAACUGGGCCCUGCAAUCAGGAAACAAAAUUUAUGUGCUUAUCAUGUGCAGCCACGUCCUUUGGUUUUUAAUCCUCCUCCUCCACCACAAUUUCAGAGUGUCUGGAGUAAUCCAAACACUGAAACUUAUAUGCAGCCUCCAACCAUGAUGAAUCCUAUAACUCAGUACGUUCAGGCAUAUCCUCCUUAUCCAAGUUCACCAGUUCAGGUCAUCACUGGAUAUCAGCUGCCUGUAUAUAAUUAUCAGAUGCCACCUCAGUGGCCCGCUGGGGAACAAAGGAGUUAUGUUAUACCUCCGGCUUAUACAGCUGUUAACUACCACUGUAAUGAAGUUGAUCCAGGAGCUGAAGUUUUGCCAAGUGAAUGCUCAGUUCAUGAAGCUGCUCCAUCCUCUGGAAAUGGCCCACAAAAGAAAUCUGUGGACCGAAGCAUACAGACAGUGGUAUCUUGUCUAUUUAAUCCAGAGAACAGACUGAGAAACUCUGUUGUUACUCAAGAUGACUACUUCAAGGAUAAAAGAGUGCAUCACUUUAGAAGAAGUCGGGCAGUACUUAAAUCUGUUUGAUCCUCUCUGCUGACUUUCGAGUCUCAUGGGAAGUUGCUGGUUUUGAAUAUUAAGAGACUGAAAGUGUUUCACUAUUAUAGAAAUUUAAUUCUGAAUUUUGAUAAAUCACACUCAGACUUUCUAUACAGGUUGUAUUAGAUUGCCUAGUUUUAUUUUACAUUGAAACUGUUUUUCAUUAGAGUGUUUAUUUAGAAACUGGUUCUGUGUUGAAAAUAUAGUUAAAAGUAAAAAAUAAU